CACGCACCAAAGGAUGACCAUAUCCUUUUGGUUUCGCAAGUUCCUCAUAGAUCGAAAGUACAAGAAAAGUCGGAGAAGAACGAUGGCAAAAGCGAAAGAUACAUCGUCAGCGCAGAACUCUUCUACUGCUUCGUUCCAUUUGUUCACUGACUUGCACGAAGAUCUCAAGCUGGCCAUUCUUUCCUUCGUCGCCGAUGCGCCGUUCGAGUCUAUGCCAGAGAACUAUCCAAAAUCUUCCUUAACCCACACGCUUCCGUUGGUUUCCAAGCAGUUUCGGGUCUUUUGUGAAGAACAGUCCUACUGGAAAGCUGCCAUCGAGCGACAGUUUCAAAAGGAGCCGUUUCUAUGGAAGCGAGCGCUUCACAAAAUUUGUGAUAUUGCGCCGGCAAGCAAAGAAGCCGGGACAGCAACCGCUCCGGAUCUUGUCGAGCAAGCUGCACAGGCAUUACAGAAAGCAAGUUUCAAAGCGCUGUAUAAAAAAAUUGUGACGGAUCAUAUACGGUUUAAAGGUCCCGUCUUUUUCAUGGGAGGCCAGGUCCAGCUUGGAGAACCGUACGCGUUGCACUUUUUCGAGCCCAGGUAUCGUGUACUAAUUACCGAGGUCAUGCGGGGGCAGCCUGAGUCGGCCAAGAAUGGAGGUCGUAUUCCCCACCCAGCGCUGUUCGUCCACGCCAACCGAGCACCAUUGGCGCCGACCACACCCGCAACGAUUGUGGAAAUAGUGCAGUGUCAAGUAUAUCCGGAUGGACGCGCCGAUGUCUUGCUGUUACCAACAGCGUAUGUGUGGAUCGAGAAGGUGUGGGUUCGACCAAAUUCGGGUCAUUUAUACUACGCUCAGUGCUUGCGUAUGGGUCAAAGCGUAACGCACAGUAUGAACCAGUUGUCCAGACAAGAAACUUUGACCAACGUCAUGGACAUGCUGGCUGGGCGAUUGGACAACACAGACGCGGAGGAUGAUACGGAGCAUGCUCGUCAAGAUGACGACACUAGUUCUGAUGAAGACAGUGGGUAGGAAUUGACGCGUCGAAAAUGUCCAUGGCUUUGAAGGGAGUAGGUC